AUGGCGUAUCCUCCGACGGCCGCCGUGUUCGUGCUGCUGCUGCACGCGGCGUGCCUCUCAUCGCCGCAUCGUCUCGUGGCGGGCCACGUGUGGCCUUCCAAUGCGGAGGGCAUCCGCCGCGAGAUGGCCGUCAAGGCGCCUGCCACAUGCCCGGACGGCGUUGUCUGCCCGACAGGAGCUUCCUGCGUCGUGGACAGCAGCGGCUUUCCCUUUUGCAAGUGCCUGGACGGGCAGGUCAUCAUCAACGGUGUAUGCCGCGCAAGUACCCUGAGCUGGAAGUCCGUCACCACGAGCGUGGUGCUCUACAACGCCGCCUCCUUCGCCAACUCGCCCGCCACGCUCGCACCGGCCGUGCUGCGCGCCCCGGCACCCAACUCAUCAGCCUGUACUGUUGUCCCGAAUGGGUUCAACGGCACGGUGGGGUCGCUGCGCAUCAUGUGGAACGUGAAUGACGGCGCGGCCGCGGAUCACCUGGUGUGCGGCAAGGUGGUGUUCUGGGACCGGCCCGACUGCUCGGGUUCCGGAGUGGUGUUCGAGAUUCCUGGCAAGUGGAUGGCCGCCAAGCCCACCAACUACAAAUACGCCACCACCAGCGUCAAGACGACAGGCGGCGUGGUGGCCACGGGCCGGUCGUUCUCGUGCCUGACGGCCGUGAAGCCGCCCGGCGUGCCCAACCUGUGUUCCACCACGACCUGCCCGCCCGACUCCGUGUGCUCCCUGCCGAGCAACUUCUCCGCGGUCUGCACGUGCAACUAUGGACUCACCAUGGUCCCCGAGGGCUACUGCGUUGGUGAGUCAUUGUCUGCUCCGAUAUGGAGCACGAGUCGUGGAGUGGAGGGGUCCAUUGGAGUCGAGUCAUGCACUGCUUCUUUCCUCCGCUGUUUCUUUCCUUCGAUUGAGAGCUAA